AUGAGUUCGGAGUAUCAAUCUAUACCUCAAGAGGAGGGAUCAAGUACUAAUGCAAUUAGUGAUGAAAUGAACCGUUUCCCAAAGAAAGAUAAACAUGCAAGCACGGAUUCUAUUGUUUCUACAGAUGCUGAGAGACAACCAUUGGUCGAUAGAGAGUCAGGUAAUCAUCGAUAUUUGAGUCCAGAUGAUCCCAUAGUAUCCCCAAUAAACUUGUACAAGAUAAGGAUUCUUAGAAUUACUUUGCUUACAAUAUUUGCCAUCAACUGUGUCCUUUUCUUUGGAUUUUUGUUAUCUGAUUUCAUUGCUAUACCAGGAUUGAACAAUCGGGGAAAAUCAUUUUUAGAAUUAGAUUUGGUGAUUCUAAAUAUCUUAACAAAUCUUGUUACGUUGUGGUGCUUUGUGGUACCGGCAUACUAUGAACGUAUUUUAGGUUACAUUAGUGCAUCGUUGAUAUUAGUCGAUUUCAUUAUUAUGUUUUCCGUACCUUACAUGAGAGAUCAAUUUGGGAUAAUUGGCACAUUCAUUUUAUUAUGGACUUUAGGAAAUAUCGUUCUUAAUUGUUUUGCCGAUUUCUGGGUUGAGAAAGGUAAGUUAUAUCAGGAACUUAAGUACACAGGGAGAGAAGAAACGAGAAGAUCAAUUUCUGAGCUUUUUGUUAUUGCUAUUAAGGUCCUAGUGAAAUUGUUUUUGUUGUGGAUAAUAUGGUGUAUCAGUUUGAGUCUUUGGCUCCAAGCAUUUGAUUCACACGAAAAGCCGUGGGGGAAGAUGAUUUCGGUUGAUAAUGAUCAAUUCAAAGUCCAUUUAGCUUGUUAUGGUGAUGUUCAUGCACCACCAAACGAUAUUAAUGCAACAUCAAAUAAGACGAAGCAGCCUGUAGUAUUGAUUGAGGGAGGCCAGUUAGACUCUAGUGAGGUUGUCCAAGAAUGGGUCGAGGAGCUCUACCACCUCGGAAAAAUCGAUAGAUAUUGUAUUUGGGAUAGACCCGGAUAUGGCUUCUCAGAUAGUGCACCAUCGCCCUCGUCUAUUGGGAUUAUCAGUGAAUACUUGAUUGAAGCAUUGAGAAAAGAAAAAAUUGAAGGCCCUUUCAGUCUUGUCGGGUUUGAUAUUGGUGGCCUAUAUGCCAGAAUGUUUGCAUCAAGAAACUCGGGCAACAUUCAUUCCUUGUUAUUAGUGGAUAGUUGGCAUGAAGAUCUCUUGAAAAUCCGUCCUUUCAGCGGACCAAACAUGAAAAACGAAAAAAAGCGUGUCUUCAAAAACAUCUUGGAACUCAUGGAUACCAAAACCGGUCUCAAAUUAUGGUUAAAGGGCUUGGUUUCACCUUUGGGCAUUGUCACGAACAUCAACUGGUUUUUCCAUCCAAAGAGACAUUCUUCAAACAACCGUAUAUUUGGCUCCGACAUGUACUACCUGUCUAAAUACAUAAGAGCCCGCUUACAAGAGCAAGUCACGGCCUCUAUAUUGUCCUACAAUGAAAUGGCUGGCACUGAUUUACACGACGUCCCUGUUAGUGUCAUCUCGUCCGACUUUAUGAUCAAAAAUUCCUUAAACUGGGGUAAAUGGCAAAGAAGUUUGACCAAAUUAAGUGAUCAGACUAUUGAAUGGGUAGUUGCAGAAAAUAGUAACCAUUUAAUCUGGAAAAGCCCCAAGGGAAAAGCUCAAUUGCAGCAAUUAUUACUUCGUUUAGUCAGUGAAAAAUCGAAUUAUUAG